AUGUCCUCCCCAUCAACCUUUUCUAUGCCCGUGAAACGUGAAGACCUCGUGAAACGUGAAGAGCCCGUCAAACGUGAAGAGCCCGUGAAACGUGAAGACCUCUUGAAACGUGAAGAGCCCGUCAAACGUGAAGAGCCCGUGAAACUCGUAGAUCCCGUGAAACGUGAAGACCUCGUGAAACGCGAAGAGCCUGUGAAACGUGAAGAGCCCUUGAAACGUGAAGAGCUGGUGAAACUCGAAGAGCCCGUGAAAUGUGAGGAGCCCGUCAAACGUGAAGAGCCCGUGAAACUCGUAGAUCCCGUGAAACGUGAAGAGCCCUUGAAACGUGAAGAGCCUGUGAAACGUGAAGAGCCCGUGAAACGUGAAGAGCCCGUGAAACGUGAAGAGCCUGUGAAACGUGAAGAGCCCUUGAAACGUGAAGAGCCUGUGAAACGCGAAGAGCCUGUGAAACGUGAAGAGCCCGUGAAACGUGAAGAGCCCUUGAAACGUGAAGAGCCUGUGAAACGUGAAGAGCCCGUGAAACGUGAAGAGCCCGUGUAA